CUUCCUGGAGCGGGGACUUGUCAACAGGCGGUGGGUCUGGCCCGAGUCGAGUCGGGGCGGGCGCCCCCAGGGCAGAGAAGAGAGAACCCAGCCCCACCCGAGACGUACCCCCCCUUCCCCUGGAUCUUGCCCCUUGGGGCACUUCCCCACCCUGCCCCCAACUUCAGGGAACUUUCCAGUCCUGUCCCCUCUGUGGUGGGCGGCCGGGAUGCCCGGAGCCCCCCAGUACUGCCCCGUGACCUUUGACCUGCCCUGUGACCUUUGAUCUGAAGGUGAGCUACAAUCAGGGGGGCACCGUAGGCCUCCAUUUGCCACGCCACCUGCGGGGAUGUCGCCGCCCCCGCCUCUGUGUCUGGCCGGAGACCCCGGCAUGGGCCCGGUGUGGCCCCGGCCCCGGUGAGCCGGUGCAGGGACCAUGAGUGGCGCCCGGAAGAAAAGCAGCUUCCAGAUCACCAGCAUCACCAGCGAGUUCGAGCCGCCGGCGGCGCCGCCCGCCCUGGAGCCGCCCGAGGACACGGCCGCGCCGCGCAACGGGCCGCCCGGUGCUGCCUCCCGCUUCCGCCUGGUGAAGCUGGACCAGGGCCCGGGCGAGCCCUUCAAACGGGGCCGCUGGACCUGCCUGGAGUUCUACGACCAUGACCCUGAGCACCAGGCUGUGGGGCGGAUCCUGGGCGCCCCCCGGUACCCACAGUCCCUCGACUCCCGCCUAGAGCUGGCUGGGCUGCUGCCCAAGCCCCACGGCUACUUCAGCCCCCCGCCGCCGCUGCGUGGGCACGGCCACUCCCAGGGCACGGCCCAUCCCAGCGAGCACUUGCCCCACUCGCUGGGGGGCGGGGAGAGGACGCCUGGGGGCAGAGCUCACAGCCAUGGGGCUGCCGCGGAGCCGAGCCUGGGGGUCGAAGAGCUGCUGCUACCCCACAGCCUCGCCCAGCGCAUCCGGAGGGAGAUGGAGGAGAGGCACAAGGUGCCACCCCGAGGCUCCCGCCCCUCAUCCCCAGCUCCCCCGUUCUUCCGGGAAGGGAGCCCUGUCCGGAGGGGGUCAGACCCCUUUGGAGGCCUGGCCCGCUCCAUGUUCGCUAUGGGGGGCCACCAGGACAGCGAUGAUGAAAGUGGCUCGGGCAGCAGCAUGAUUGCCAUCGACAACAAGAUCGAACAAGCCAUGGACCUGGUGAAGAGCCACCUGAUGUUCGCGGUGCGGGAGGAGGUGGAGGUGCUGCGGGAGCAGAUCAAGGAGCUGGCCGAGCGCAACGCGGCCCUGGAGUGGGAGAACGGGCUCCUGCGCUCCCUGGCCAGCCCUGAGCAGCUGGCCCAGCUCCGCCGCCCCACGGCCUGACCACCACCGGGGCAACCACAAGCUAUGAUCCCGCACAUGUGAAGGGAGCUGCAGGGGCCUCACCGGACUAGGGGUGGCUACUAACACAGCACGUGCCUUGGGGGACAGGAUGGAGCCAGGACUCCUGGGUUCUCUCCCCGGCUCUGGGAGGGGAGUGGGGUUCGGUGGGUCAGAGCAGGGGGGGCUGGGAGCCAGGACUCCUGGGUUCUCUCCCCGGCUCUGGGAGGGGAGUGGGGUCCAGUGGGUCAGAGCAGGGGGCUGUGGGCACUAGGAUUCCUGGCUCUGGGUGGGGGGCAGCUUCUCAGGGUGAGGGCUUUAAUUCAGCAGGGGUGGGCAUGGUUCUGCCCAAAGCAGAGGGACUGGAGUGGCCAGGGCAGGGGCAGCCCCCCAGGACUAGCUGGGGAGGCUGUUGGCCACGUGGGCGAAGGGGCCUGGGCUGUGUGUGUGGGGGGGCAGAGAGCCUCCGAGGCGCGGGGGGGGACGGGACGGUGGUGGCAAUAGUAAUAAUUUGUAAUAAAGAAACUUUUCUAGUAUUUCAGGUUAUUAAAAUAGCAGCAGCAGCCGA